GCACAACAUGACAAGCUGCGCAGCUGCCCUGAAAAUAGCAUUUGUAAGUAAUAUUUUAUUUUAAGGGACGUUAGAUUGAAGUAGGUGAACAUGUUAACGUCCGUCGCCUGUCUGUGCGUGCGAAACGGGAGGAAAGUAUCGGUCCCUGUAGCGAAAGUGUGCUUCUUUUCAACGAGUAAGAACUCGACCGGGACCCUCAAUCUGACCGGGGCACGAGAUGUGUCACGACACUGGUCCUCCGGUCUCGUCCUCACACAGACUCCCUGGCAGCUGCUAUCCGCCAGAACUGUGUUCCUAUCAGCCUCUUCCCAUGCGGGUGCAGAUCCUCUGGGGUCCCCCUCGGCCCCGGCUGAAAAGGACCCCCCAGACGGGGAACACUUCGGUUCCUUCUCCACCGACAUGUCCUCCAGGAGGACGUACAGGAAAAUCAGCCCGUACGUCCAGGAUCUCCGGUACCGAGAGGGAGACGAGGAGGACGGGGAUGAAGACUGGGUGAAACGUCGCAAGAGGACGAACACACCGUACUGGUACUUCUUACAGUGCAAGAGGCUGAUCAAAGAGAACAAGCUGCAGCAGGCCUUGGACUUGUUCAGCAGAGACAUGCUGCAGGCGGAGGGUCUGCAGCCGGAGGAGAGCAACUUCACGGUGCUGAUAGGAGGCUGCGGUCGAGCUGGACAGCUGAAGAAGGCCUUCAGACUCUACAACGAUAUGAAGAAGCGCGGCCUCGAGCCCAACGACGCCACCUACACCGCCCUGUUCAACGCCUGCGCCGAGUCUCCGUCCAAACAAGCCGGCAUCCAGCAGGCCGUGGCGUUGGAGCAGGAACUCCGCCGCAACAACUACCCGCUCUGCACCAUCACGUACCACGCCCUCCUCAAGACGCACGCCAUCACCAACCACCUCCAGGCCUGUAUUCACACGCUGCGGGAGAUGCUGCAGAACGGCCACGCUGUGACUCAGAAGACGUUCCACUACCUGCUGAUGGGCUGCUUGAAGGACAAAGAAACUGGAUUCAGGCUGGCUCUACAGGUGUGGCGCCAGAUGCUGAGGUCCGGGAUUGUUCCAGACUCACAGAACUAUAACCUGCUCCUGCGGACUGCCAGGGACUGUGGGAUCGGCGACCCGGCCGUGGCCAGCGGCGUGCUGCUGAGGCCCGACCCGCCGCACAAGGGGGAACGCAAUGACGUCAUGGACCUGGACCUCCUGGAGAAGCAGUUGUUCAUCCAACCUGACCCGCACACCGACAGCCAGCAGCACAGCGGAGGUGGCGAGGAGGCGUCCGACGGCAAAGACUCCGCCCACCUGGUGCCGGUCCCACAAGGAGACGCCGUCUUGCUGCCGGUCGACACGGCCGGCGAUUCCACGGCCCCUAACCUGCUGGACCUGUUUGAGGGUAAGAGGGUGGACGUGGUCUCCCUCGGCGCCGUGGCCGGAGCGUCGGAUAGGCUCGCCCUCAUCGGAGGAGCGGAGGGGUUCCUGGAGAAGUUGGCCGCCGGCCAAAUGUGUCCGGACAUCAGAACCGUGACCCUGCUGGCGGACACGAUGGAGCCGGGACGCCGGUCUCUGGAGACGCUGCUGAAGGUCGCCAAGCAGCACAAAGUGAAGCUGGACGCCGCCUUCUUUAACAGUGUGAUACGCAGAGCAGCCCGAGCUGGAGAUCUGGAGGAGGCAAAGUUCGUGUUGACAGUGAUGCGACAGCGGCACGUCAAGGUGGAUGUGAAGACGUUUGGGUGUCUGGCGUUGGGCUGCGAGCAGCAGCAGGACGGACUGCAGCUGCUGGAGGACAUGGAGGAGGCGGGAUUUCGGCCUACCGUCCAGGUCUUCUCUGCUCUGAUUGGCCGAGCAACUCGAAGAGUGGAUUUUGUUUACCUGAAAACGAUGCUCAAAAGCAUGAGCAGCAUGAAGGUGUGGCCUAAUGAGGUCAUCAUCAGACAGCUGGAGUUCGCCUCACAGUAUCCUCCCAACUAUAACAAGUACAAGACGAGAAACAACUACCUGGUCCAAAUCGAUGGUUUCCGUGGUUACUACCAGCAGUGGCUGAAAGAAAUGCCUGGUCAGGGCGCCGAGGACGAUCAGGCAGAGCAGCAGUCUAAGACCGAAGGGCGGACACCAGGAGCUGCAGAUGGAUCCACAAUGGCCCAGAAGAACCAGAGAGCCGCAGCGAGGAGAUAUAAGCCUCACAGCAAGGAGAAGAAGAGCUCCCCUCCUCUUUAACAGCACGGAGGAUCUUCAUUUCUUCACCUGAUCCUCUGGUGUUCUGUUUACGUUCUGCUGCGUAACUCUGGAUGGACGUCAGAUGAGCGGUGAAGCUCGUGGACCUUCCUUUAGCGGACUUGUGGAAGAUGCAUUUAGAAAUCGUUGUAAUUUGUAUUGCAAUUAAAGUUCAUGUUUGAAACAUAAAUCUCA